GAAAAAAGUGUAAAUGUAAAUAAAACUGAAAUUAAAUUCAAUUAAAAAGUGCAUUCACGCAUUGCACAGCCGUUCCCAACGACGCUUCUGACAUUUUCUGUGAUAGGAAAUCAAAGCAUUGACUUCAUUUUAGUCACACACAAUCAAUAGGGGAGCAGUCAUAAAAAAAAUGGCCACCAGCGAGAUCUCGAGCUCCAAUGAGCGCCACUACUACGCCAAGUUGGAGGCCAUUAAAGAUAUACGCGACAAAACACUCGCGCUGGAGAAACUUAAGGUACGCAUUAUCAAGGAGGUGAAGCUGAGUGAUGAUGAAGAGAAAUGCCUGGAGGAGUAUCGCAAGGAAAUGGAGCAUUUGUUGGAGGAGAAAAUGUCCCACGUUGAGGAGUUGCGCCAAAUACACGCAGACAUCAACGACAUGGAGAAUAUCAUUAAGCAGACAAAAGAGAAUCAGACACGCUCUUUCGAUAUGGCCAAUCGCGUUUACGAGGAAUAUCUAGCGCUUAAAUAUCAAAUCGACCACAUGCGGCGCGACUAUCUCGGACUGAGUCCGUUGCGUGAUUUGCACGAAGAAGAAGGCAGUCCUAUAUCGAAGGAUCGUUUUCAGACCAAUUUUCUCAAAGUUGCUGCGCAGUCAGCAGCUGCUGCUGCCGCCGCUGCCGCUGCUGCGGCAGCCACCCAACCCACUUCGCUGGCACGUCCCCAUGCUCGCCACCCAUUGAUGCCGGAAGCCACAGUGACCGCACUGCAGACCAAUUCGGGCGCUCCUGGUGCGGGCGGAGGUUCAGCAGGUCCCACGGGCGGCACCGGCGGUCCAGGGCAUGCAUUUAUGCCACCAGCACCGCCAGGUGCGGGCAGCGCUGGCGCUGCUGCUGCUGCCGCCGCUGCGGCUGCUGCUCGUUUGGGUAAGAACGAUUUUUCAGCACCACCACCACCGCCGCCGCCAACAAACCGUUUACAACAGACCCCAUCGAUUGGCAUCGGCCAUCAUCCAUCGUUUCGCUCGGACUUCAAUGUGAACUUGCGCCAGCAGCCACCGCCGAUGAAGUCAUGUUUGUCGUGCCAUCAGCAGAUCCAUCGAAAUGCCCCGAUCUGUCCGCUCUGUAAGGCCAAAUCACGCUCCCGCAAUCCCAAGAAACCCAAGAAGAAGAAUAACUAAGGGUGCCACAAUAUCUACCGAUAAUAUUCGACCACACUCAAGCAUUUUUUCAUUACAUAGUUCCAGUGCUCGGAACACUUAACAUUUAAGGGUUCUUUCUUCAUUAAUAUAUAUUUUUUUUUAAUAUCACCUUUGUGUACUAUUAAUCCAACGAAAGCGCCUCAUUUUUGCCGUGACGUAUUAUGUAUUAAUGUAGUAUUUAUUAUAACAAUUAGCUUAAGUUGCUAACCAUGUUUCCUUUCACUGAUGCUCAAAUGUUAAUGUAAGUUCAUUGUAUUCGAUCGUCAUAUAUACUAGAGUAUAUAGGCGUACUUAUGCCCAUGUGUGUAUUACAUUUCUUUUUAAUAUACAACUAUAAUAUAGAUACGUGUUAGCACUAAGAAUGCAUGUAGACGAUAUUUAGUGAAUAAAACGAGGUGUACAUUUUAAAA